ACCUUGUUUGAGGAUAUUAAAAAUAAAAAUAAACAACUUGUUACUCAAAUGAAAUCUAAAAGCAAGCUUUCUGAAUCUCUUCUUUUUGGCUUGCAAUAUAAAGAUUUAGAAAAAUGUUUACUAGAAGUUGUAGAGGCAGAAAAAGAAAAUUUUUUUAAUUCUGAUAAUAAUAUUCUAAUUGAAUUGCAAACACAAACUAUUGUAAAGUUAAUUGAUCAUGAUCGAAUUUCUAGAGAUGCAUAUAGAUCUUUAUCUAAAAUUGACCAAUCAUUAAUUCAGGCUAGUAUAGUUUACAAUAUGAGACAAGAAAUUAUAAAACAAGUAAAUAUAAAGAUUCCUAUAAGUUUAGUUGAUAUUAAUCAACCAACAAAUUUUGAACUAAUUAUCAAAGGAAACAAUAUUGAAUCUAUUAGAAAAG